AUGUGCGGACCGUUGAAAGUUUGUACUGUUGCUUUUAUGCUGGUGGCAGCACGGGGAAGUGUUGCGGCCCCACAAGGUGAUGCCCAGUCCGAAUAUCCUAACGGUGCGUUCAACGAUCCCGUCCCCAACAAUGAAAACAACCAAAAGUUCAAGGAGUACGCCGAUUAUCUAACACGUUUCGACGAGUGGGUCACGGGCAAGAAGGUACCGAUACCGGCCGAUCCGGAAACCGAUGCGCUGCAUCAGAGUUUGCCCCCGAACGCACCCAACUUUGUGCCGGUGCGUGUGGUUCGGAAUCCAUCCGGUUUUGAUGAUCCCGUGCCGCAGGGUAGCGAAGCCAUUCCGGAGUACAACGAGUACAUUCGUGUGCUGACACGUUUCGAUCCGUACGUCACCGGUCGCCAGGCGGCAUCGGGUGGUGGCGGGCAUGCCGUGUACAAGCGGGAAGAUAAACCGGACGAUACGCUCAUCAGCACGGACAAGGAUUUUGGUGAAAACAUCGAGGAUAAGGUGCCAGAAACGUCGACCAGUUCGGAUCCGCAGUAUGGGGAUUUCAUCAAGGAGCUGAAACGGUUCGAUCCGUGGCUUACUGGACGCAAUGUGACCAUUCCGCACAAUACCACGGCCGACCAGGCCUGGAAUAGUGACGAGGGCAAGGAUCAUUAG